GACCAACUUUAUUGGAGGUUUGUGUUGUUAGUGUUUGACAUCUUUUGUGAAAGAGUGAUGGCAGAUCAAGAGUCUGAAAAAAAGCCGGACAGUGGAGAAGAUUCGGACGAUGAAGAAGUACUGGAAGAAAGCCCUUGUGGAAGAUGGCAGAAACGAAGAGAAGAGGUUGAUCAGCGAGAUGUGCCUGGUAUAGACAAUGCCUUCUUGGCAAUGGAUACUGAAGAAGGAGUGGAGGUGGUGUGGAAUGAAGUUCAGUUUUCUGAAAAGAGAGAUUUUAGAGCUCAACAAGACAAAAUUCGACAAACCUUUGACAAUCUUUGUCAGCUGGACCAUCCAAACAUCAUAAAAUUCCACAAGUAUUGGACUGACACCAAGAAUGAUAAGCCAAGGGUUAUUUUCAUAUCAGAAUAUAUGUCAUCUGGUAACCUUAAACAGUUUUUGAAGAAGACCAAAAAGAAUAAUAAAACAUUCCAGCUAAAGGCUUGGAAAAGAUGGUGUACUCAAAUUUUGUCUGCACUGAGUUAUCUUCACUCAUGUGAUCCACCGAUAAUUCAUGGCAACCUCACUUCUGACACUAUCUACAUUCAGCACAAUGGACUUAUUAAAAUUGGCUCAGUUGCCCCUGAUGCCAUACAUCAUCAUGUCAAGACGUACAGUGAAGAUCUAAAAAAUGUACAUUAUACAGCACCAGAAUGUGAAGACAGUGAACAAAUGACAACAAAAGUGGAUAUUUAUUCAUUUGGAAUGUGUGCCCUUGAGAUGGCGACCUUAGGUUUUGCAUCAAGUGGGGAUUCUCCUGGGGGGACUGAUGCUGAUAUCAUCAGUUCCUCUCUAGAGCUGGUUGAAAGUCCUUUGCAGCAGGAUUUCAUCAAAAGCUGCUUGCGUAAAGAUCCCAAAGACAGACCAACCGCUAGAGAACUACUUUUUCACAAAGUUUUAUUUGAAGUUCAUUCUCUAAAGCUUAUUGCUGCCCAUAAGAUUGUUAAGUCCAAUGCUUUGUUAGCAGAAAACAUUACAGAAAUAUCGCACAGUGCCAAAACAGAUGACCCCAACCGUGUUAUUGCUGAAAUUCUUAGCAUGAAUGGAGAAAUUGUCCAUUUAAAAGUUUCCCAAACGCCUGCAUUGGAACUAGAUAAACUCUUAGAUGACGUAAAAAAUGGUAUCUAUCCUCUGACUGCCUUUGGUUUGAGUUACCCUCAAGUUACACGUACUCGUGCUGCAAGUCCAGAACUGGCAGAGUCAGUGAAAUCUGAGACACCUGAACCUUAUGAUGUUGAAACCAGGUUAAUUGUAUCCAUGACAUGCCAUAUCACAAGAAUAGAAGACAACCCACAUCCUCAACUAACACUUAUGGUCAGGUUUGAUGACCAAAUCAACAGACAGCUCCAGUGUGAGGUUAGCAAUGAUACUGGGGAAUCUUUAGCUGACGAUCUGGUUUAUCAUGGAUUUAUCAAUGAGAAAGAUCGAGAUAAGGUGGCAUCUCUCAUUGGAAUAACUCUCCCCAACAACACAAGUUUAUUUCAAAAUCAAGAUCAGCUUCCUUCCCCUCGCCUAGUUGACAAUGUAUCAUAGUACAAAAACAUGUUGUCGUUAAUUGAUAUGUUAGAUGUGCAUGUAAAAUAUUCAGAAUUUAUGUUCACAACUAUUUAGUAUUACUGUAUCAUUUAAUCCCCUGAACCAUCUUUGGUCUUUCUUGAUUAUAAUGACUUUAUAAUUAAUUUUAUAGGAAAUAUUAGUUCUUUUUCAAGUACAGAAUGUAUUUAUCAUUUUAUAAUAGUGUUUAUUUUUAAUUAUUUUAAAGUAAGGGUAUAAAAUCUUGUAUAGAGACUGUAUUGUUUAUUAUAUACUUCAUAAAUUAAUCAUGAAGUUGGCAUGAUAAAUUAAAAAAAUUCAGUUUAUUUACUAAGAAUUUAAAACGUAAUAUAAUUGCUUUCAAUUUUUUAGAAAUUUAUCAUCUAGAACAAACUAAAAUUCUGUUUUCAAAAUUUCAGAAUCAAUUUUGCAUAUUUCCUUAAUAGGGUUAAAUAAUUUUUAUGUAAUGUAUAAUGAUACUUGUGUUUUAAACCUUUAUUUUAUGAGUAAACCUGGUCAGAUUUGAUUUAAAAGAUGGCAAUAAUUUUUUGAAUUUAUAAGAUAGCUAUCAACUAUCACAAGUUUAAAAUAAAUCUAUUAAUGCAUUAUUCCCUUUACCAUGUGCUUCAGCUGUGCAUUACUUAUAUUGCCAAUGUCACAUAUUGUGACCUUAUUUAUUCCGUAUAAAUAUGUACUUAUAACUAUUUUUUGCUUUGAAUUUUUAAAAAACUUGUGACUUAUCUGUUAGCUACUAUCAUAUUUUUUUGUGUUGAUUUAGCCCAGUAUAAUUUAUCUGCUCCUGGCGGUGCUGCUUUUCUUUGUUUCCAACCAAUGCAGAUAAAAGAGCAACUCCUCCUAGCCUUUAUAUGCCUUUAGCAAUAUUCUGAUUCAACUGUUCAAGUUAUUUAUUACUGUUGUUUGUAAGUAUAAGUAAGAUGAUUCAAAUUAUUAGCUGACUUACAUUAGCUGUUUUUGUCAAGCAACAAAAAAGAGGGCAAAUACCACCACUAAACUAGACUCAGUCUCAUUGGAUUUAAUCUCCCUAGAUAUUUGGACAUCAAAAUUACCUCCCUUAAUAUCUAACUAAUCACAGAACUUACCUCCCUGUUUGGUCAAGUUGAUAAGAGCGAAAAAAGUAAUUUUUAAGAUAGGUAGUAAUACAAAUAUACUCUUUGUGCUUCGUUACUUGUUUAAUUGAGAAGUAUCAUUAUAUUAAACAUUUUAAGAAAUUAAGUCAGUAAAUACAAACAUUUGUAAUCUUAUCUUUACCAACUUUAUUAAAAUUUACACAUCUUGCUUAUACACAGCUACUUAUAACAAACGACCCAACAAUAAAGUUGGACCUUUGGUGGACCCAAGUUUUUUAUACAAUUAAUCAAAUUAAUUACCUACAUUCCUACUGUGCAGGCUUAAUGAGGAAAUUUGAUUUUAAUUUAAUUUUUCUAUUGUUCUUUCCCAGCUAAAAUCAGUACAAUGGUAUAUUAUGCAAAAGGUUUCACAAUUUUAAAUAAAAAUAUAUUAUCAUAAAUGUAGAAACCUGGGUGUUAAGGUUGUAAGUUAGCAUAAUAUUUAUAGUUUUGAGCUUAACUUAAAGUAAAGUUGUUUUAAUGCCAUAGAAACAUGUGGGGGGGGGGGGGGGGUUACACAUUUUUUAUAGUCUAGUAAUAAAGUUUAAAGUGUGAAUGAAGAAGACAAUAUUCAUUACAGGGCAAAAAGUUUCAAAUGCACAGUUGUUUGCUUCAUUUCUUUAAAAAGUUCACCAUAAACUUUCAUGUUCUUAGUGAUAUUCUUUUACAUUUUAAAACUUGCUUAUCUUUCAUUUAUUUUUGUUUGCUGCCUAUAAUUAUUCUCAACAUAACAUACAUUGCAAAAAUCAUUUUCACUAAAUGACUAACCUUUGUUUACAGUUAUAGUUGUAGAGUAUCUUAAUGUUUUUAUGAUAUUCCUUUUUUAAAAAAAAAUAUCUGCAUACUUAAUUUAAAUGUAAGAAAAAAAGGUUUUAUUUUUUAGUAGUGCUUAAAUAGCUUUAAUUCAGACAUUAUAUACCCAAUCAUUUUUAAAUAAGAUAAAUUUGAAUUAGUGUUGUCUAAAAAGCAUAAUUGUUUUACAUUUUUAAAAUAUUGUUCUAAAAUGAUAAUGAUGCAGUGUCAAGGCUUUCUAUUGAAUAGCUUGAUUUUAUUUCUUGGGCAUUUAAAAUCCAUCAACAGUAUUCUUGUGAAUCUUUUUAUCCACUAUUAUCUGGCAUACAGCCAGCUAGCCUUGGUUUAUUGUCAACAUUGAUACACUAAGAUAAGACUGGACUAGGAUUGCACACAGAUUUUAAAGACAUUUUUAAGUCAAUAUUAAUGGCAGUUUUUAUGAAGCAACUAGUUUUAGAGAAUAAAAAGAAUCUUUUAAUGAAUCCCCUUUUUUGUAACAUUUAAAUUCUAUUUGAAGUUGAAAUUCAUCUCCACUCUUCUUUUGUGAUGGUUAAAAUAAUAUACUUUGUAACAUUUGAACACAUGUUUUAAGCAGAUAAAUCAUAUAAAGACAAUAUUCUAACUCAUGAAAGUAUUUAAUAUCAUAUUAUUAUAAAUUGUACUAAUCUUCAGUUUUACUCUAAAUAAUACAAGUAACAGUCAUAAAGCAUAAUUCAUUAAAAAAAAAAAUUAUCCUACAUCUUUAAGCUCAAAAUACACUAAAAUUAAAACCAUAAAAUGAAACUUUAUUAUUUAUAUUAAAUCUGUGUUUUGUUUUGCCAAAAUGAUCUGUGUUAAUCUACAUUUAUUCUAACUUGAAACGGGAUUAAAUAAAGUCCGGUGACUGGAUGGCUUUAGUAAAUCAUGUUGUUCUAGGGCCUGAAAGUCUUAGAUAUGUGUACAAGAUUAUAUGAAUACAAUACUUGUAGACAGAUGUAUUCAUGUUAUUGAGAUGUAUUUGUUUUGGGCCAGUUUAUAAAACCAAUUAAGUAAUAAUAUUCAAAUUAUCAAAUGUGAUGCUUGAAAUGAAAUUUUGUGAAGAUGGUUUUCAUGAUUUUGCAAAAAUAAAAAUUGAUUUUCAAAAAUUGUAAGUAGCUCACAAAACGCAAGAUAAAAAUCUGGAACUAUACUGACAAUGUAUAAAUGCGUUUUAAAAUGUCCAUACCAUUUUUUUUUUAAAUUCUAGCAUUUUUAACAGUGUUAAAAUUAAUAAUUUUAUUCAAUGUGAGUUAAAGGAUUUAUUUAAAAAAAAAUGAAAAUUUCCAAAACUGCGUUAAAAUGAUGUUUUAUCAUAGAAAAUCAUUUUAUCUUUUCCUGGUGUUUCUGCCAUACUGUCAAAUAAACCUGACUUGUUUAGAUCAUGGGGAAUAGUUUAGGUUACAUUUAAAAAAAACUUUAUACAGUUUUUAAAAUGCAUUUAGAACUUGAGAUGAACCUAAAAACGAAUGAAAAGAAUCUUCAAAGAGUGUACACAAUAAGGUUGAAAUAAAAACACUGCUGGCAAUUGCUUGUU